AUGUCUCGUGGACUGCAUCAAUCGGAACGUCGUAUUAACUCCAAACGGACCCUCAAUGACUCAUCGUCUAGACUUUCCACUUUUCCGCCAGAUUUGCCGAUCGAUAAGGCCUACUCGAGUAAGCACGAUUCCGUCUGGCCUUUUCAAAUAUUCGCUGAUCGAUCGUGCAUUUUUGCCUCAGGCCAAUCGUCUGUGCCUCAUGGAAAGAUGAAUGGUUAUUAUGGCCCAUGGGCAGUUGGUCUCGGCAGUACUGGAGCUGGCGGUUGCAAUGGCAGUGGCAUCAGGUCCGUCUCGUCUGGCCGACCCGGCCAGCCUCUUUGCUGCGUCCUGAUUCGUCAACGUGUCAAGGUCGCACAACUUAGUAGGCAUUGGCCUGACAACUUCGGACCGGUAGGCCCCCCGAUUUCGCAUGAGCCCACGUCACCCACCGGCGGAAUUAGCAACAUGUGCCUUCUCCCGGUUCAAUAA